GACCUUGUGACACACUGUUAGUGGCUCUGGUCAAGUGUGGGAGGUCAGGAGUGGCUCAUUGUUCCUGGGAAUGCACCUCAUCUCCCAAAAAGAACAUCACCUUCCCCUGCUAAUUAGCAUCGUUUAGGGCUCCAGGUGAGCUCCAGCCAGAGGCUACUUUGAAGACAGAGAGCAGGGGCCAUGACCACCCUCUCCCCGGAAAACAGCAUCUCUGCCAGGCGGUCGGCCUCCUUCAUCCUGGUGAAGAGAAAACCCCCCAUUGACAAGACAGAGUGGGAUGGCUUCUUUGACGAGAACGGUCAUUUGGCCAAGUCACGAGACUUCAUUUGUGUUAACAUCCUGGAAAGGGGUCUGCACCCCUUGGUGAGGACGGAAGCCUGGAAGUUCCUCACUGGCUACUACUCAUGGCAGAGUUCCCAGGAUGAGCGGCUCACAGUGGACAGCACAAGGAGGAAGAAUUACAAGGCCUUAUGCCAGAUGUACGAGAAGAUUCAGCCCCUUCUGGAAAACCUGCACCGGAACUUCAUAGAGACUCGGAAUAACAUCGCAUAUGACAUCCAGAAGCUCUACGACAAAGACCCCCUGGGCAACAUCCUUAUCGACAAGAAGAAGCUAGAGAAGAUCCUGCUCCUGAGUUAUGUCUGCAACACCCAGGCAGAGUACCAGCAGGGCUUCCAUGAGAUGGUGAUGCUUUUCCAGCUGAUGGUAGAACAUGACCAUGAGACCUUCUGGCUUUUCCAGUUCUUCCUUCAGAAAACGGAGCACAGCUGUGUCAUUAACAUCGGGGUGGGCAAGAACCUAGACAUGCUCAACAACCUGAUCAACUUCCUGGACCCCAUGUUUGCUGAGCACCUAACCUCGGGCUGGCACCCCGCUUCUCUCCCCACAGAAGGGAAGGGUGCGGGGGCCGUGCAGUCCCUCUUCCCCUGGUUCUGCCUCUGCUUCCAGCGAGCCUUCAAGUCCUUCGACGACGUCUGGAGGCUCUGGGAGGUGCUGCUGACGGGGAAGCCCUGCAGGAACUUCCAGGUGCUGGUGGCCUACAGCCUGCUGCAGAUGGUGCGCGGGCAGGUGCUGCAGGAGAGCAUGACUGGCGACGCCAUCCUCCUGAAGCCUUCCCUGAUUGCCCAAGCCCAGCCCAUGGGAGGCAUUUUCGGCUUCAGAGACGCAGUUUGUGCCACUUUCUCUGCCACCAACUCAUGGCUCUGCGUGGUCUUCCCACUGUUUGUGUGUUCAACUCCUACCUCCCCGAGCAGACUGUGCGUCCUGAGGACACAGCCCUCACUCCUCAUUACCAGUGGCUCUAGGUGCAGGGCUGGGCACCCAGGGGCUCAGAGAAUGUCACUGGCUGGAUGAACUGAAGAAUGAGAGCAACAGACCAAUGUCCAUCCACCUCAACUUGCCAGAACCUUCCUUUA